AUCUCCUUUUCUUUUAGGGCCUGGAAUGUAGAUAAAAAAUCGAGCUGGCGAAAACUCGGAAUUCCGGAAUCCGGACGUAUUAUUGUUGACAAAAAUAUAUUUUAGGUUAAGUUUGAAAAAUAGAUUAAGAGAAUAUCACUAGCCAUUUGUUAAGUAGCUUUCUUUAAAUAUGUUGUUUUCAAGAUUACUUAAUGUAGUCCGGCAGCACAAACAGUUUUCAUCUUCAAAAACACCGCCGGAGCAACUGAAAUUUGAUCCCGUUUUCUCAUUUCCUUUCGUGAAAUAUAUUGCGUUAGUAAAUAGACUUAAAGUAUAUCAUUUGUAUGGUUCCUGCAUCGUUAUACCCAGUAGCGGUUUAAUGGAAAUAAUGAACUUAGUAUCAGAAAAUACAUUUGUUGUCGCAUCAUAUAUUGGAAUAACAGGUGGUGCCGUUCUGUCACUAUUUACACUUCCAUUCAAAGAUGUUAUUGGCCACCUGUAUUUAAGUGAAGACAAUAAAUUCGUUAAAAUAUCUUCUCUAGGAUUUUCAGGAAAGAGGACAGAUAGAAUUGUGAAUGUGAAAGACUGGGUACCUAUAAUGGACUUGCAACCAAGAACCACAGACGCAUUAUAUCUCACACCACAACUUGUUGAUGGAACUAAAUACAAAAUGUUUAUUAAAUUUGGCCUUGUAAGAGAUGCUAAAAGAAUGGGACAAGUGCUUGAAUAGCAUUAUUAUUAAGUUUGUUUCAAUAGCUUUAUUUAAUAGUUUAGUCUUUAAAAUAUUUAUUAAAACAAUGUUUAAAAAAACUGCAUUAAUUGUUUUUCAUUCAUUCUAUUUCUAAACCAAACAGUAAAGUGAGCCAAAUAACAUGA